GUACCACAGCAGCAGCAGCAGCAGCAGCAGCCACCACCACCACCUCCAUUCCAUCAACAACAGCAACAAUACGAUCCAUAUGGCUAUCAGCAAUACCAACACUACGUUGACGACGAUGAUGAUGAUGAUGAUGCACCGAUCGUCCCACAGAUCGGUACCAACUUUGUCACACAAAACAGUCUGCUGGACAUGUACCAGUCCGAACAAUUACCGGCGCACGUACAAGAAGAGAAUGCCCGGAUUUCGGGCCAGCCGCUGGUCAAUUUGCCAAACAAACCGCCACAACCGCGAGCGGGUCUAGUAGGCAUGAUCUCACAGUUGGAACAUGAGAAAAAAGAGCGUGAUUCGGUCAAGGGCCGGCUUUUGGAAAUGGAAAAGGAACGCGCAUUAGAACAAGAGCGGGGACGGUUCUACUUUGAUCAGCAACAGCAACAGCAGCGCUAUUCGGCCAUGAUGCAGCAACCCUCGUCACCGAACAAUGAUAGUGUUCAUGCACCACCACCACCACCUAUGAUGACUCCUCAGUCCAUGAUGGCAGCUCCUUCUCCUCCACAAACCCCUUAUGGUGGAGGUGGUGGUGGCAUGAUGAUGGAUCCUCGCAUGUCGAUGCCCAUGAUGAAUCCCCAGAUGAUGAUGAUGCCGAUGAUGGCGGGCGCUCCGCAACCCAUGAUGGAUCCAAGGAUGUCGAUGAUGCCAAACAUGGCCAUGAUGUAUAUGAUGCAAGGCUCGUAUGGCCAAAUGCCACCACCCACGAUGCCUAUGUUCUACAAUCCAAUGAUGAUGAUGCAGCCGCAGGAAAAAGUGGAGGAUGAUGACGAUGAUGUACCCCUAGGACCGCCUAUCCAUAAUAAUAAUAAUAACCACCACCACCACCACCACCGCCAGCAACAACAACAACAACAACGCCAACGUAGUAAUAGCCAUCAUUUUUAAAGUUGCAUAUUAGAAAG